UCUUGCACAUAUAAAGUUGCCGGGGGAGUAUGGGGUUCAGGGAGAGGACAGAACACUAUGCAGUGGAUCUGAAGAGAGGAGCAGACCCAGCGGAAAUCCAUUGAACAUAAAGAACAUGUUUUCCAAGGGAGAGCUGGUCAAGAUGCCACUAUAAACACUGGAAAACUACCACAAGACCUACAGCUGGUCUGCGUGCCUGUAUGGGUUGCCUUAGAGACGGAGGAGACAGACAGGAACAACAGAAGCUGACCCUAUAGCUCCCAUACAACCUCUCUCUCUCUCUCUCUCUCUAACAUCCUCUAUGGGAUAUAUGGGUGUCCAGAAGAGGCUUUCCUGACAUUUAGAUUCCCUAGAUAACAUUAUACUGUAUUGGACCAAUCAGAUGGAACUGCAUUUAUGACUAAGAGGGAGUGUUUCACGGGACGUACCUGAGCUCCAGGAAUUUGUUCAUACCGGGAACCAAAGUGGAUACGGUGACAAUCCAUCUAGAACAGUAUGCCAGAGAGGGUGUAUGGGUUCCAGGGGCAGAGUUUCCACAAGCUGAAGAGGGCGUGUCUGCGGCGGGGCAAGCUCUUCCAGGACCCCCUCUUCCCCCCCUCUGCACUGUCACUCUUCUACAAAAGAGACCCACCCCCUGGACUCACAUGGAAGAGACCACGGGAGCUGUGUAAGGACCCUCGUCUCUUUGUGGACGGCAUCAGCACGCGGGAUCUGCACCAAGGCAGUCUGGGUAACUGCUGGAUGGUGGCGGCAACUUCCUGUCUGGCCUCAGAACCCUCACUUUGGAAGAAGGUGAUUCCUGACCACGCGGAGCAGGAGUGGAACCUCAAGCGUCCCGACCUGUACGCCGGAAUCUUCCACUUCCGCUUCUGGCGGCUGGGGCGCUGGACAGACGUGGUGGUGGACGACCGCCUGCCGGUCAGUGAGGACGGAACGCUGCUCUUCUGCCGCUCAGCCACGCCGCGGGAGUUCUGGAGCGCCCUGCUGGAGAAGGCCUACGCCAAGUUGAACGGCUGCUAUGAGGCGUUGGAAGGCGGUAACACGGCAGAGGCCCUGAUCGACUUCACAGGGGGUGUGUCAGAGCCCCUAAGCCUGGACAGGGAGGCCCUCACCCUUCACCUCAAUCAGAGGAAGGCACUGUUCCAGACCCUGGCCAAGGCUCAUGAACGCAGAGCCCUCAUCACCUGCUCCAUACGGCCAGCGGAGGGGGAGACAGUAGAGUCAGUACUAGACUGUGGUCUGGUGCGGGGCCAUGCCUACGGUAUCACCGCGGUGAGGAAAGUGCGUCUGGGGGAGAGGUCGCUGCUGGGUAGCUGUGGUGUUCGCCUCUGCAUGGUGCGCAUGAGGAACCCAUGGGGUACAGCCGACUGGACCGGGCCCUGGAGUCAGGGGUCUCAACAUUGGCAGCGGGUUGGUCGUGGUGAAAGGGAGAAGAUGGGCCUCAUAGUCAGAGAUGUGGGGGAGUUCUGGAUGGAGUUUGAGGACUUCUGCCGCUACUUCACAGACGUGGUGGUGUGUCGUCUGGUAGAACGAUCCCUGCUGUGGCCCAGAACUCACUGGAGAGAAGUACGCUGCCCUGGGGAGUGGGCUCCAGCCCCGAACACCCCCGGCACCCUCCUCUCCAGGCGGCAGGCACCCAACCUGGGGAAGAAUGCUGCCAAGCCUGGGGGGUUGAACCAGACUCAGAGAGGGGACCGGAAAGAGGCAAGACUGGGGGAGAGACAGAGGGGUGGAGGGGGAGGAGGAGGUCGAGCUGUUCGUGGUGGAGGGAGGGAAAAAAUGGUUGUUGCGAAAGAAGGGGAGAAGAAGACGAAGAGGAAGGAGGAGGGGGUGAAGAAGGAGGGAGAGGUGGAUGGAGGAUGGGAUGAACAGACUGAUAAGAAGAGUAGGUGUGGAGGAUGCAUCAACCACAAAGACACUUUUCUACACAACCCCCAGUUCAUGUUUGAGGUGCAGGGAAAGGAGGAUGAGGUGUUGAUCUGUCUGCAGCAGGAGGACAGGAGGAUAAAGAGGAAGGAUGGAGGAGGAGAGAAUCUGCCCAUCGGCUUCGAGGUGCUGAGGGUGGAGGUGAACCGGCUAAGCCGUGUGCAGUGUGUGGUGGAGCAGGCAGCGAGCUCUGUGUACAUGGACUCUCGUAGUGUGGCCCUUCGAGUGUCCCUGGGCCCCGGCCGCUACGCCCUCCUGCCCACCACCUUCCAGCCCGGGGCGACCGGACGCUUCCUGAUACGCCUCUUCUCACAUUCCCACCUCAGACUCAGUGAGUUGAGAGAGGAGUUGCCUGCUCCCUCACUGUGGCAGUGUUGUCUUCCCCAGCCCAGUAUAGUAACCACCGUCCACCUACGUCGAGCAUCUGGACUCAGCCAGCCUAAACAGACAGCACCAGAUGUGUAUGCGGUGAUCUGGUGUGAGGACGACACCAUAAGAACACGUGUGUUCAAGGAGGAUGGAAACCCAGAGUUCAACCUCAGGGCCAUUUUCUACAGGAGAAACCCAGACGCACAUAUUAGCAUUGAGUUGUGGAGCUAUGGUCUACUGUGGGACACACUACUGGGCGGGGCUCGGCUCCAGACUAGCGACAGUGAGAAGGGGCGGAGCCGAGUGAUUGACCUGCAGGGUGGCCAAUCAAGGUCAGGAUCCAGGGGCUGUAUCUAUGUGGAAACCUCAUCCAGCGAAUGCCUAACAGACUUAUAACUGACAGCUGUGGCUUGUACCACCCAUGAUGCAACCAUGCAAUCACUGAUUUUCUGGAAGAGGCUGCAGAUUUGGACGAAAAUGUAUCGGGUUCAAUAGCUUUAUUCAUUGGAACUACCAUAAAUAACAAAGACAAAUACCUCUUUGAAUUAACUUAAUGCAUAUACACUGAACAAAAAUAUAAUUGCAACAUCUUUCAUGAGCUGAAAUAAAAGAUUCUAGAAA